AAGGGCCCGAUUACUGAAGUACUUGACCUAUAUCCCACCCCGGAAGUAACAGCUGAAAUCGGUAACUCUGACACUGACAUUGCCCUAGAAAGUCUGAUCGACGGUUAUUUGGAAACCUUGGAAACUUGGAUGUCUAAACCGAAAGAGCUUGAGAAAUACU